UAAUACAGUUGCACGAGAGUGAUGCGGCCCCAGUGACACAUGCACACGGCUCGUCGGCUUCUGUUUUCUGAAUGAAUUUGGGUUGGUUGCGCAAAUAUUUCACCAGAAUGACAGCUUUUGACAAGUUAAAAGACAAUUGGUUUCUUUUAGCGAUAGCCAUUGUUAUAUCCUUGGCGGAUUUGGCACCUUUUAUUGGAGCCAAAGGAGGACCUUUAAGGCCAGAGAUCACCGUCAAGUAUUGUGCAGUUUCCUUCAUAUUCUUCAACAGUGGGCUCUCACUGAAAACAGAAGAUCUUCGCACAGCUCUGUUCAAUGUCAGGUUGCACGUUUUCAUUCAGGGGUUCACCCUCAUCUGUGUACCGUGCCUUGUGUGGGUCCUGGUCCACUUCCUGCUCAUGACACCAGUGGAUGAGUGGCUUCUUAAAGGGUUGCAAGUAGUUGGUUGCAUGCCACCACCUGUGUCAUCUGCUGUGAUCCUGACCAAAGCAGCUGGAGGAAAUGAGGCAGGAGCAAUAUUUAACUCAGCAUUUGGAAGUUUCUUGGGUAUUGUUGUCACUCCCGUGUUACUGCUUGUGUUUAUGGGAUCGUCAAGUUCAGUGCCUUUCUCUUCCAUCUUCACCCAGCUGUCCAUGACGGUAGUUGUGCCUCUCCUUGUGGGCCAGGUUGUACGACAUUUCAUCAAGGAAUGGCUAGAGAGAACCAAACCUCCCUUUGGAACUCUGGGCAAGGCCGUCCUUCUACUUAUUAUCUACUCCACCUUCUGCGAUACGUUCUCCAAUACAGCGUUGCAUAUAGACCACUACAGUUUAUGUGCAAUGGUUUUUAUAGUGUUUGUUCUUCAGGUGUGCCUUAUAUCCUUCACAUUCUUCGUCUCUCAAGUGCAAUAUUUUGGAUUCACUCCCAGCGACACUGUAGCAAUCAUGUUCUGUUCCACACACAAAUCCCUUACACUAGGCAUACCGAUGUUAAAGAUUGUGUUUGCAGGCUAUGAGCACCUGUCUCUCAUCUCCAUCCCCCUCCUGGUCUACCAUCCCACACAGAUCCUUCUGGGUGGUGUCCUGGUCAGUAGGGUCAAACAGUGGAUGCAAACAGCUGAAAAACAGAGAAAAGAGAUGGCAAAAGGUGAGGAACCCCCCAACACCACCCCCAACAGUAGCAGUGUAGAGGCUCCAACUGAUGUUUAAAUAUUUAUAUUUGUAUAUAUGAAUGGUGGUAUUGUCUUUAUCAGAUUACUUCCAAAUUAGUUCACGCCAAGAACUCAUCAAUAUCCAACUAGUACCUAAAGGUUGGGUUACACCAGACGGCAAGAGUCAGUGGAUUUUUUGCUUUGAAGAUUUUGGUCACUCGAUACACAUGUACAUGUGUCUCACACUUGCAGUGGAUGAUUUGGAUUUAAUUGAAAUAUUAAAUUUUUCUAAUGAGUUGACUGGCUGUGGUCCACACCUGUUCCCAAUGACACCCUGCUUCUGUGCCUUCAAAGUGUCGUCGUUCAUUUUCUGUCAAUCAGGCUGUUGGAUAGAUUACAACUUGAAACCCUACUCUUAAAAGUUUAUUUUGUUCUGCCUGUUGUCUGGUAUUUGUGCAACCGAGUUUAACUUCAGUUUGGUGUGACUUUGUGGUGUGUAUAUCAUUUUCCUUUGAUUUAUGUGCUUUUAGGGUCUUUUUAUUUUUAUAUAAAACUCUGAAAUGAAAACUGGAUAUAACAAUUGUGUGGGUGAAAAGAAACUAAUGUUUUGAAGUUACAGUUUUGGAUUCUGAAUCCGGAAAUUGUGUUUUUGGAAAUUGUUCAACCUACUUAAUUUUGAACACCUCUUUCAAUCUAUGCUUUUUUUUAAUGGAGCACCUUGUAAAUUUAUUCAACUCAAAGAAACUGAAGAAAUUGCUAAUCAAACUUCAGUUCCUUUGAUUUGCAAGAAAUCCUGUAUCCAUAUUUGUGGCUUUUACAGGGUGUCAUGUGUACACAGAAACAGCAUUAUAUAAACAUGGAUUAUGAAGUAAUGAUAAGACUCCAUUACCUUUGCAACAUGUUACGAGUUUAUUAUUUCCCAAUAUUAAACAUAGAUUUAUUAAUGGAUGAGAACACUAAUAUUCUUGACUCUCUUAAUUAUACAUAUACCUUAAAUCUAAUAGUACUUAACACUUCAGGUAUUUAAUAGUUCUACAUCAUGUAUUUAAUUGAUCGUAAAAAUAUUAACAAGUUACACUUCUACUUUUCUGUUGGCAAAAUAGAAACAUGACAGGGGUUCAAAAACAGAUGUACAGAAACAAGUUUGGACUGCCUAUUUCAAGUCUUUGCUGAAAUUCCGUCCUUAAUGCCCCUUUCUCACACAUUUUUUGUUUCAGAUAAAGUUAGAUAACUAUUAUAUUAUACCUGACACAUAACAAAGCAAUCUCAUCAGGCAGGUUAAAAAAACAUACCUCUCACAUACAUUGUAUCUUUGUUUUCCUUGAUACUUCAAUCUCGUUUCACUAUCAGUUAGAUCAGAUGUUAUUAUUACAAUCAUAUUUACACAACCAAAGGCAACGAACCAAGUAGGCACUCUUUCUUUGCUUAAAAGUUUUUAAGUUUUUCUGAUUUUCAAAUUGUUUCGUUAAUUCUUUUUUUAGUUUUUGUUUUCUCUGUGUGUAUUCUUUAAAGCGGAAAUUUGUUAUGUUGUAUUUUGUUAUUAUUUUGUUUUCUUUGGAAAUAAAAGAGUAUACAGCUUUUUUAUAUUAAA